GAAAAAUAAAAGUAUUCAAAGGUGGUGGAAUAGUGAGCGGUUAGGACGUGUUUUUGUGACGUCCGCUCAUCUGAAUCGAAACUUCGAUAACAAAAAUGCGUUGUUUACCGAUCUUCUGGUUGCCAAUAGCUCUGGUCACGCUUUUCGUCACCCGGUAUGCCAUCGGCGUAUCUACCAAAUUACAGCUGGGAGAGUUGAUCACUACAGUCAUCUACGAGGACAAACCAAACGAAGACGUCCUAUCGGAGAUUGUAAAAUUGGACGGAGAAGAUCUGAAAUCGAUACCGUUUAUCGAGACCAAGGUGAUAGAUAUAAAUAAAGUCCACCCACUGAAGACGCUAUUCGCGCUAUCUUCUAAAUACUCGCAUUAUUCAGGCGACGACCUAAACUUGAGCGUGAUCAUCUUCGGUACGUCCAUCACAUGUUUGACACACAAGCGCUUGGCCUUACACCUGGCGCUGAUGAUCCGGCUAAUCGAACAAGACGGCGGUAAGGUGUAUGCCCGUAUGCGGACUCUCGUUUUUGGGAACAUCAUUCCAUUUUAUAUGGACAUGUUAUUAUCUGUCCAUAGAAAUGGCGAUGAUUUGUACAGCAUGUACAAAGUAAUAUACGAUAUGAAUUCGUUGUUGGAAGAGGGUGCGAUUUCCGACUACCAGCCUAGUAUCGGCAAUUUAAAAGAAGAGCUUAAAAAGCUGAACACCGUCAUAGAGUCGUCUUGCGUAGUCAACAAAAUGAAGGAUUACUGCGAAAAUUUCAAACUGAGCGAACUGGGAAAAUGCUCGGACUUUAUUACCGACGAACAUCUGAUAUCCAGCCUAGUGGAUGUCAAAACUUCUCUUGAAUCUCUUAAAGCAAACGAGAAAGCCUUAUUAAAUUUUUUUAAAGAAAUGGAUUUGUUCAGACAUAUGGACGAAAAAGUGUGGACGAAAUUGUUGAAAAUACCACAGUUACCAACUCACGAUACAGAGGAAUUUGAAAGAACUGAACCACUUCCGUACAGGGCUGAAGUCGAAGAUAUCAUAAAUAUGAGAAAUUCUUCUACAAAAUAUGACUACAAAACAAAGGAUGAAAAUAACGCUGAAGCGAGUAAAUUACCAGCGGGAGUAGUGAAAGACGGCGGAUCGACGGAUGCCCCGUUAGAACUUUCAAAGACAGAGACACCACCAGAAUAAUAGAAUCUUUGGUGUUCAAACGCGUUCGUUGACGUUAUAUACCUACUCUAAUUUGUUAAUUUUUUGUAAUUUAUAAAUUGCAUGCAUUUAUAUUUUCUAAACGUAUCAUAAUAUAUUAUGUUGAAUUACUAUAGGUAUAAUAAUACAAAAAUAAAAUAAUAAAUUAUAUCAUUUAAAUAAUGUAAAUGUCACUUAUGUUGAAUUUUUAUUUAAUAAUUAUUGUUCAAUAUUAAAAAAAUAAAUAUUAAUAAACCGUUUGAUUAAUAAAUUA